AGUGCAGCUUGCGGUAACAGUGAAUUGAAAGUACGCCAUAAAUAUGGCGCCAAAAGAGUUUUCAAGCUGAUGAUAAGAGCUGAUUUUUCUCUGUGUUGUGUUUUUUAUUCUUCUCUGGAGGUGGGAGGGAGAGAUUGAACCCAAAGACCUGCCAGUGAAUUUGUGCAGAGCGGUGUGUGCACGUCAGUACACCGGGCAGAGGAACCGAGGCAAGGCAGCAAGUGAAGACGAGGAGAACUCAAUGUUUUAUUUUUGAAGGAGGGACGUUGCGAAACUGGCUUGCAAUCUUUUCUGACUCAUCGUUUGGAAAUAUAGCAUCCUUUUUCUUUUUUUUCACGCCACCUUCUCUUGCUUCCCCGUCACCUCCUUCCUUUACCGCUUGGCACCGGAGAGGAAAACACCGUCGGAUUUUGACACCACGUUUGGGCAGUUUUUUUGCAAAAUGCGACAUGCUUUCCUGUGAGAGGUAUGUUGUGCGCAUCUCGCAGCCUGCUAACCCGUGAGCAGCAGCAGCAGGACCACCACUGUGUUUGUUGUUGUUGACUUGCAACUCAGUCUGGCUGCCACUUUGGGAUUUUAAUUCGGAUUUUUGCACUCGGUGGCCGGUCUUUGCAGGGCUGACGUGCUGUCAACACGCACCGUGAGGGGGAGGGAAGGGAGGGGAAGGGACAGUCCUGUCACCCAACGUGGAUCCAGAGUCGGGGCUGUUUAGCAGCACUGCUAGCAGCCUGCCAGGGCACCGGGUGGGCAAAACUGAACUCCUGCUAAACCCCUCCACUGUAAAACUACAUGUGCCUGGCUCCCAAUGAUCUCCUAAUCUCUGGAAGUGUGGACAUCUCUGCAUCCGAAGCCGACUGCUAUCAAGAUGGAGAGCGAAAAGAAGAGGAGGAAAUACUCCACGAGCAGCAACGACUCCGACACCACCGACAGUCAGAUGACGUCGUGGUCGAGGUCAUCCAAGAAUACGGUCACCAGCAGCACAUGGGUCCGCCUCCAGCACAAGAAACCAUCAGAGGUAUUUCGUACCGACUUCAUCACGGCCAUGAAGGUGCCGGACUCGGCCCAGCUCGGCCCGGGUGAUUUCUAUGUGCUCUCGGACCCGUGGAGACAGGAGUGGGAGAAGGGGGUGCAGGUCCCUGCCAGCCUGGAGGCCAUCCCAGAGCCUGUUGUCAGGUUGCUGUCGAUUGAUUCGUCGGACGUUUUUUCAGACAACAUGCAGGAGAAGGGGAGUAUCACCCAGCCUCCCCCCACCCAGCGCUACAGCUGCUACGACCUGGACGACCUGGAUGUCUCCUGGCUGGAGCUGGUCAACAACGAGUUCAGACAGAUGGCAUUACCAGAGCUAGACGAGCUGACAAUGGAGUGUGUCCUGGUGGAGCUGGAGAGCAUCUGCGAGGAGAAGAUGCGGCAGGCCAUCGAGGCGGAGGAAGGCCUGGGCAUCGAGUACGACGAGGACGUGGUGUGUGACGUCUGCCGCUCGCCAGAGGGAGAGGACGGCAACGAGAUGGUGUUCUGUGACAAGUGCAACGUCUGCGUCCAUCAGGCGUGUUAUGGCAUCCUGAAGGUGCCCCAGGGGAACUGGUUGUGUCGGACCUGCGCUCUGGGCGUUCAGCCCAAAUGUCUGCUCUGCCCCAAGAGGGGGGGGGCCCUCAAGCCCACCCGAAGUGGAACCAAGUGGGUCCACGUCAGCUGUGCCUUAUGGAUCCCUGAGGUGAGUAUAGGCUGUCCGGAGAAGAUGGAGCCCAUUACCAAGGUGUCCCAUAUCCCCGCCAGCCGCUGGGCUCUGUCCUGCAGCCUGUGUCGAGAACACACAGGGACAUGCAUACAGUGCUGCAUGCCCUCCUGUAUCGUGGCCUUCCAUGUGACGUGCGCCUUCGACCACGGCCUGGAGAUGAGGACGAUCCUGGCAGAAAACGACGAGGUUCGCUUCAAGUCCUUCUGCCUUGAGCACAGCUGCACCGCCAGCAACAGUUCAACCUCCAACAGCUUCUCCAGUCUGGCCAGUGUGAGCCUAGGAACCCACAGCACCAGUUCCUCCUUGAUCAACGGAGCAGUCGCAGCAGCCAGACCUGACUGGACCAACCCAGUUAUCAGUUCUGAGCUCCGGCCGGACCAUCAGCACCUACCAAACAUCGGUAGCGACCCGGAGCAGAGGUCAGUUUUGUAUCCGAUGUUUGCGUCAGAGCGGGCUGAGCGGGAACAGCUGGAGAGGGAGAAAGUGAGCAAGAGGAAACAGAAGCUGCAGGAGCUGGAGGAUGAGUUUUACCAACUGGUGGAGCCCGGGGAGGUGGCCGAAAACCUGGGGCUGCCUGUCUCCCAGGUGGACUUUUUAUAUCAGUUCUGGAAGAUGAAGAGGAAGUCAAACUUUAACCGACCUCUGAUGACCUUGAAGAGGGACGAGGUGGACAACCUGGCCCAACAGGAGCAGGACGUCCUCUACAGACGCCUCAAACUCUUCACACACCUCCGACAAGACCUGGAGAGGGUGCGUAACCUGUGCUACAUGGUGACUCGGAGAGAGAAAAUGAAGCACACACUUUGUGACCUCCAGGAGAAGAUAUUCCACCUGCAGAUACAACUCCUGGAAGAAGAUGUCGCUGGCGGUAAGAAAGAAAGAAAUCAUAAAAACGAGAAAGGAGAAAAGAGGAAGCAGAAUGGAGUGAAGGACAAAGGAAAGGAGAGGAGGAAGAGUAGUCCCGAGAAGAAAAAGGAGAGGUUGAAGGCAGAGAACGGCUCCCUGCUGAAAGAGCUAGGUUUGUCGAAGUCCUUCCCGUUGGACAACUCUUUGUUUGACAGCUGGCUCGCCCAGUCGGUUCAGAUCACGGCUGACGACAUGCUGAGUCAGUGGGCUCUGGGCUCCCAGCACCGGGACAAGAGCGGCAGCCUGCUCUCCGACCAGCUCCUGCAGGGUGAGGAGAGCCUGCUCAAUCUCAUGAUGGAUAACUCCAUGCAGUCCACCUGGAAAACACCUCAGCUGGGCCGAAAACCACGAGGGAGCAACAAGCCCCGUACUCGCGGUGCCCCUCCACAAUCCCCCAGCCCCAUCCUGCCCCAGACGCUCCUCUCUGCAGCGGCCCCCUCCUCUGCAGUAUCCCCCUCCUCUGCAGCAGCCCCCUCCUCUGCAGCAGCCCCCUCCUCUGCAGCAGCCCCCUCCUCUGCAGCGGCCCCCUCCUCCGCCAGCAGCCCCUCCACAGCAAAGAGCCUCUGGGCAAGCAUGGCAGAGGAGAAGCCCAUCCAUGUGGGCCGCAAAGGGGAGAGGUCCGGGGGCUCCUCGCGGCACCAUCUCUACGUUCACCCCCACCAGACAAGGAGCUCCGACCCGCCGCCGCAGCCCCCCGUCUCCAAGAUGGAUUCCUGUCACAUCUCGGAGGAGCGCAGCCCGUGGAACAGCGUCUACACGGGGAAUGGCGUCGCAUCCUCGUCCCCACGCCCAGGCUCCAGCCCCGGGGCCACGUUGCCCGACACAGGGGCGAUCAUUCGUGGCAGGGGUCCACGGCUCCGCCUCUCCCGCCAGGUGAAAUCCAGAGGGAGGGGCUUCACUGGAGGUAUAGCAGGUCUGGAGUCUGUUGGGAUGCCGCUCACAGGAAAGGACGCUUCGAUGCUGGACGCUGUGGAGACCGACGGCUACUUCUCUGACGGCGAGCAGAGCGAUUCUGACACGCGCUCGGGCGGACGCAAACUCCGCUUGCCGCAGUUGCAUUCUGGGAAAGAGGACCUGCUGAGAAGGAGCGUGCUGGCCUCCUAAAGAACUGAGCUAGCGAAUUGUAUCUCCAUCUGUGCCCAAUAUACAGUCCACAAAACAUGGCUGGAUGGCUUUGUUCAACCAAAUCCUGUCACGUCUACUUGUGGAAAAUCUCUUCAGCUCUCGACUGCUUUGUUUUCGGGGGGGACUUUGAAUGUAGCUGUUUGCCUAUCGUACAGUUAAGCAACUCCACCGGACUGUAGUUUGUCGUCAGCCUAUUACAAGAUGUGAUACAUUUAACGAAUAGGAAACAAACAUUUCAUUUAGACUUUGUUUAAAUUUCAGAUUCAUUUUGAUUCUGGGCGUUGAAGUACCCUUUUUUGGCCCUCAUGUCUGUGGUAUCUGCCAGACUUGGGAACAAACGCUUUGGGGCAUUAUUAUUAUUAUUUGUAUUAAUAUUAUUCAAGCUGGUUUCAGGGUCUGCUCCGCUCUUGGUCUUUAUGGCCUGAGAUGCAUCCAAUGAGUCCUUGUUUUCUUGAAUCUGUUCAGUGGAAAGACAAUUUCACUCCAGAGCUAAUCUGAAUAUGUACAGGUAGUGACAUGGGAUAACAUGUAUUCAGCCUUGAAAAGCACAACUAGCUAGUCAUAAGAGCUGUAAUGUAAGCACUCGUGUGUAUAAUAGAUGCUCAGUCAGGGUUGGGUUCAAUUCUCAUAAUGUUUACCCGGUUUGCAAAAUGUACACUAAAGCCUACAUUCUUCAAUUUAUCUUCUCAGAUUUCCAGCUUUUCACAUUUUUAGAUAGCAAAAAGAUUGACCCCAACCCUGGAGCUCAUUCAGAUUGUCACACAGAGACACAAACACACAAACAUACUGACACACAUAAUAAGCAAAUCCCUUUGCUCACAUCACAGCCGAAAUGGAAAUAUAUUUGAUCUGACUUUUGUCAGCUGCUUUCAAA